AAACACAUUAAAGAUAGCAAAUGCAAGAAUAUAAUGGCUGUAGCUGGAAUAUCCACAUCUGCUGGAAUUCCUGAUUUUCGAUCACCAGGAUCAGGUCUUUACCACAAUCUUGAGAUAUACAACUUGCCCGAUCCACAGGCAAUAUUUGAAAUAGGCUUUUUUAGAGAGAACCCAAAACCUUUUUUCACACUGGCAAAGGAGCUAUAUUCUGGUUCUUUCAAGCCAACUGUGUGCCACUACUUAAUUCGGCUCUUGCAGGAGAAAGGGCUACUGCUAAGACACUAUACUCAGAAUAUUGACACAUUAGAAAGAGUAGCUGGAAUUCCUGGAGAGAAUAUUGUAGAAGCCCAUGGAACAUUUCACACAUCUCAUUGCAUAGACUGUCACUCAUGUUACUCAAUGCAAUGGAUUAAAGAGAAAAUAUUUGCUGAUUCCGUCCCAACAUGUGAAGAUUGUAACGGCAUUGUCAAACCAGAUAUAGUCUUUUUUGGAGAAAAUUUGCCGAGAAGAUUUUUUACUUUGAUGCAGAAAGAUUUUCCAAAAUGUGACCUUCUCAUCAUAAUGGGAUGAUCCCUUGCUGUACAGCCGUUUGCUUCUCUUAUUGAUAGAGUUCCAAGCAAUUGUCCUAGGUUACUAGUGAACAGAGAAAAGGCUGUUGAACGAAGUUCUCUCAUGGUGAUGAUGGGACUUGGUGGUCUUGAUUUCAAAUCCGAGUAUUCUCGUGAUGUUGCUCUCCUAGGUGACUGUGAUUAUGGAUGUCAGUUGCUAGCAGACAAGCUUGGAUGGGGUGAUGAAUUGAGAGAAUUAGUUGCCAAAGAACAUAAAAGAAUAGAUGAGGAGAACAGCAAAAAUGUCAGUACAGGAACAAAUGAGCAAGAAAGAAAAGGUGCUCAGUCAGAGGGGAAACAAAAAUCAGAAGUUAAAGAAGAAGCAAAGUAAGAAUGAAAAUUAAUCUGUACAUUAACACUGUUGAU